AUAAAGACGCCGCAGGGGGUAGAUGCUGUUUAUGCAUAAAGAUCCUAAGUCUAUUGUCAUCAUUUUCAGUCCGCACAAGAGUCUUUCAAUCGCAGCGUCAACUGGGCACCAUCUCAACAGCACGAGGCACGCUUGUGGCACUUUAUCCACGCAGCCAGCCGUUUUCCACGCCCCAAACCCGGCGUCCCUUCGGCUCCUACACUCAGGCAUUCAAGAUGGAGUCUGGUACAGCCGCUGCAAACGGGGCUGAUCGUCCUAAGAAGGUAUUCUUCUUCGACAUCGACAACUGCCUGUAUCCCAAGAGCGCAAAGGUCCAUGAUCUCAUGGCCGACCUGAUCGACCAGUACUUCGCCAAGCACCUCUCUUUAUCCUACAACGAGGCCGUGCGCCUCCACAAAGAGUACUACCAAAACUAUGGCCUUGCUAUCGAGGGUCUUGUGCGCCAUCAUGAGAUCGACCCGUUGGAAUACAACUCCAAAGUUGAUGAUGCUCUUCCUCUCGAGGGCAUCAUCAAACCCAACCCGCAGCUCCGGAAGCUACUCCAGGAUGUGGAUCGGUCUCAGUUCAGACUGUGGCUCUUCACAAACGCCUACGUGACCCAUGGCCGCCGUGUCAUCCGCCUUCUCGAGGUUGAAGACCAGUUCGAUGGCAUCACCUUCUGCGAUUAUGGAGCCCAGCCACUGCUCUGCAAGCCUCACGAGGACAUGUUUGCCAAAGCCAUGAGAGAGGCAGGCGUAGAGGAUGUCAACGACUGCUAUUUCGUUGACGACUCGUACCAGAACUGCAAGAAGGCCCAGGAGAUUGGGUGGCACACAGCGCACCUGGUUGAGGAGGGAUCGAAGGUACCACGCACUCCGGCCUCAAAGCACCAGGUACGUCACCUGGAGGAGCUGCGGAUCGUCUUUCCCGAAGCUUUCGCGCCGGGCGAGUAGCCUGGGUGCCCUUCUUUGUAAUCCGAUGCCAAAGUGAAAUGAUAGAUCCUCAAUAGACAAACGACAAAGAAGUCCCAGAUGGGCAGUCAGGCUCAUCGUGUCGGAAGACCGCGGAUCUCAUAGGCUUUGGAGUCGUAGCGUGGAGGCGACCUGGGUGGGCUUGGUGCGCGACAGUAAUCAUGGCUCGGCGGUUCGGG